CGCUCGGCACGGCCCGCCCCGCUCCACUCAUCUGCCAGCGUCGCCCUGCAGCCUCAUGGAGCCGCACGGACCGGAGAGCGUCCUCUUCGGCUGUGAGUUGACUGCCUGUACCAAAUCCUACACAUUUCAGGUGGACAAGGACGAUGACUCUGAACACAUUUUGGCCCUAUCCUUGGUCUGCCUGACGGAUGGUGCCAAGGAUGAGUGUAAUGUGGUGGAGGUUGUUGGACGAAACCAUGAGAACGAAGAGAUCGCUGUGCCUGUGGCAAACCUGAAGUUAUCAUGCCAGCCCUUGCUCAGUCUAGACAACUUCAAACUGCAGCCUCCUGUGACCUUCCGCCUGGCAGCAGGCUCUGGCCCAGUACACCUUGCUGGCUGGCACCAGAUCAUGCACAGGGAAGAUGCUUCCUUUGAGGAUGAAGAUGACUUGUCUGAGGAUGAGGAUGAGCUUGCUCCUAUCAUGCCAGCCAAGAAGUAGAGAAGGAAGCAGUAACUUCUCUCUGGCCAAGGUACUCACUAGGACUUCUCUCCUUGGAUGACUUUUACCUCGGACACGUCUUGCCAGGACCCCAGCGUUUGCUGAUUUGUUUUUAUUUUUUAAUAACUUUUUUCUGUGGUAACUUUUUGGGGAGCAGGGGCUGCUCCCAGCACUGGGGUGUCUCCUUUCCCACAGCCCUAGGAGGCUGAUUCCAAAACUGGAUGGAUGCUACUGGUAUAUCCCUUCUCCCCCAUCCCUGCACUGGGAGUCAGGGAUGGAGGAGGUGAUCCUUGCCCUGUGCCUUUCUGCUGUUCUGGGCCUCUUGUCUCUGCACCCCCUCUCCUUGGCUCUGAAAUACGUAGUUCCAGCCCCUUCCCCAACAGAUGGGUGUAAAACCAGCGGUGGGACAGGCACUUUCACUGAUUUUAGUGUGUUUGCUUUUCUUUACUCACAAUUUGAUAAUUUUUGUACACUUGGAAGUGUAAAACCGGGGUCCAGGCUGCAUCCUCAACAGCAGUUAUGGUGGGGUGGGAACUCACAGCCUAUCAGUGGUUUGGUUGGAGGUUCUGUGUUACUCUGCUUUGUAAAGAACUGUUUUUACACUGAAUAAAAGUCUCAGGCAUCA